GACCAAUUCAUUCGAAAAAAAUUUACGGAACGAAGAAGGCACGGGUACGUCCGGAUUUAAGCGCGAUUUCGUGUCUGUUGUUUGGUCGGCACUCGAGUGUAAAGAAAUUUGUACACCCCCGAAAAGAAUCGCGAGUGCAAUUUUGUAAAUACGGAGAGGAAAAGCGUUCUUCUAGUGCGAAACCAGUUUGAAAAGCUACAAGAAAUAUAUAUAGCUCGAUAUAUAUAUAUGUAUAUGUGUGACGCCGCCAGUUCUAAUCUUUAAAUCAAUAAACAAAACUGGAAGCCAUUAGCUGAAGUCACAACAGCAGCAACCGCAGAAGAAACCAACGGGGAAAAUGAAGCCAAAGCAGAAGAUUUCCGUGGAGCCGCUCUUGCUAGUCGCAAUUCUCAUCGGAGUUUUGGUAGCCGCCACCCACGCUCAAGAUCAGAAAUCCGUGAAAUCAUCGGCGUCAGCGCCAUCAGCAGCAGCUUCUCGGCCCCGGGAUGAAAUCUAUAUCGAUGAUGAUAGCAUCGAGGGAUCCGGCGGACGCGGCGGGAUACACGAAGAUCUAGAGAAAGAUCCGGACUAUUCUGGCUCCGGCUUUGGACCCGAUGACGAGGACGCCGAACCCGAUCAGCACUCGCACAGUUCGCACAACACGCGCAUCUCGCAGAGCAGCAACUCCGGCAUAAACACAGCUCAUACACCAACACAAACCUCAUCCACAAUCCCAACAACAUCGAGUUCGAGUUCGACACCAGUGCCAACAACCCCCACCACCAUUACGACAACCCCCGCAUCCACCACAACGGCAACAGCAGCCCAACCAUCGUCCUUUGCCAAUAGCAGUACCUCCACCACCUCCACGGCGGCCCCCACGAUUCCCGCAGAACCGCAGCAGCCGCUGUUCCCGCCAUUCGACAAGGAUCUGGAUACGGAGUCCAGCGGCGAUGGCAUCGAUGCCGACAAUGAGGAUGACGAUGAGGACGAUGGCGACGAUAAGGACUAUGACUAUAACAAGGAGCUGGACAAAGAAAUCGACAUCGAUGGUCCCGAGCCGGGACAUAUGCCGCCAGUUGUGCAUCAUAAUAACGUUGAAUCCGGCCACAUUCCCACUACGGAUGAUAUCGAUGUGGAUGGCGGCGAUGAGGAUGAUAGUGUGGAUAGCGAUAUCGAUGGUCCGCGGAUCGGUGGCAACGAUGGAGAUAUUACAGAGCGCGGACCGGGUGCAGGCGGCAGCAACGUGCACGAAUUGGACCCCAACACGAACGUGAAUAGCCAGCCCUCCGACACAAAGGGCAUCGAUCACAGGCCCAACGGCAACGAAGUGGUCAUCAUGAGCGAGGACGAUCGCACGUCGAGCUUCUUCUCGCAGCCCGGAAUCCUGGCUGCUGUCAUUGGCGGUGCCGUCGUUGGCCUGCUCUGCGCCAUACUCGUGGUCAUGUUCAUUGUGUACCGCAUGAGGAAAAAGGACGAGGGAUCCUACGCGCUGGACGAACCAAAGCGAUCGCCGGCCAACAAUUCGUAUGCGAAAAAUGCGAAUAAUCGCGAGUUCUACGCCUGAGAUAAUGGCACGUCGCGCAGGUAUUAAGUUGACCACAAGUACAGGAACAAAGUGUGAGGAUUGGAAUGCGAAUGACUGGACGAAGGCGGAGCGACUGGGUUUGGUUUGGCUCAACUGAAUACACUGUGCGGAGUGGGGGUGCAGCAUCAUCGGCAAUCCACUGAAACAAGGACUAAUCAUCCGCAGCAGCAGCUACAAAACUAACACAAAAAACAAUUGAAAAUUUCAAACGUUUUCAAAAACACACACAAUUUUUCGUGAGGGGUAAAUUAAAUUAAAACAAUAAAUAA